AUGGUUUCCUCAGUGCCGUUGAUUAGCGACGAUUGUGAUGGUGUAGGAAAUGAGGAGGAAGAACAAUACUUGAGCCAAAUCAAACACAUAAUGGAAACUGGCACUGAAAUUGUGGAUCGUACUGGUGUGGGUACAUUGUCAGUUUUUGGACUUCAUUCAACGUAUUCGUUGCGUAACGGCGUUUUGCCUUUAAUCACCACAAAGCGAGUGUACUGGAAGGGAGUAGUUGAAGAAUUAUUGUGGUUCAUUCGUGGUGAAACGAAUUCUAAAACUUUGUCAGCUAAAAAUGUUAAAAUUUGGGACGCUAACGGUUCUCGCCAAUUUCUUGACAGCCUUGGGUUUACCAGUCGGCCGGAAGGGGAUUUGGGACCUAUUUACGGUUUUCAAUGGAGACACUGGGGUGCUACUUAUCGGGGGGUUGGUGAGAAUUACCAGGGCCAAGGGAUUGACCAACUGGCAGAAGUCAUCCGAUUAGUAAAGGAAGAACCCAAUAGCCGCAGAAUUAUUCUUUCUUCGUGGAAUGUUCAAGAUUUGAGCUUGAUGGCGUUGCCCCCUUGCCACACUUUGGCGCAGUUUUCAGUGAAGAACGGAGAACUUCACUGCCAAUUGUAUCAGAGGUCUGGCGAUAUGGGGCUUGGAGUGCCUUUCAAUCUGGCUAGUUAUGGUCUUCUUACACAUAUGAUAGCUCGAGUUUGUGAUUUAAAGCCUGGUGACCUACAUCAUGCUUUGGGUGAUGCGCAUGUUUACUUGAGCCAUAUUACCGCUUUGAAAGAACAGUUAAAAAGAAAGGCUCGGAAAUUCCCCACUAUACGAUUUGAAGGAAUACAGAAAUCCAUUGAUGACUUCACUUCAAAAGCAAUUAUUCUCGAGAAUUACAAUCCCUGGCCGUCGAUAAAAAUGGACAUGGCAGUAUGA